AUGGAGAUUUUCAACAAAUUGGAGAUUAAUAUACCCUUCUCUGAAGCUUUGCAACAAAUGCCUUCAUAUGCUAAAUUUUUUAAGGAACUCCUCACUAAGAAAAGGAAGUACAUUGAAGAGGAAACCAUUGAAUUAAAAGAUCCAGGAAGUUUCACCAUUCCUUGCACUAUAGGAAAUAUAUCUGUUGGAAGGGCAUUAAUUGAUUUGAGAGCCAGUAUCAAUCUGAUGCCGCUCUUUAUGUUUAAGGAGAUUGAAGGUUUAGAACUCAAGCCUACUCGGAUGACUCUUCAACUAGUAGAUAGAUCUCUAAAAUAUCCUUAUGGGGUAGCUGAAGAUGUGCUUGUGAAGGUAGACAAGUUUCUAUUUCCUGUGGACUUUGUUAUCAUGGAGAUGGAGGAGGAUGUGAAUGUUCCUCCCAUUCUUUGGAGACCAUUUAUGAAGACUGUAAGAGUCUUAAUUAAUGUGGAGAAUGGCAAGCUUAAAGUAAGAGUUCAAGAUGAAGAAGUGAAUUUUGACGUGUUUGAAGCCAUGUCAUAUCCCAAGGAUGAUAAAGCAUGUUUCCAGUUUGACACACUUGAUGAAGUGUGUAUGGUGUAA